AUGCAUAACAUUUCGAUCGUCCCUACUAAGGAGACUCAUAUCUUCUAUCCAAUAGGAAAUACUCCAGCCGUCAACCUUCUCGAAUAUCAUGCUCCUAAAUCCGACAAAGAGACAACAGAUAUACUUCUUCUUGCUUGUGGAGAUCCUAGAAGUGUUUUAUAUUCCUUGUUCUCCGAAGGGAAACCAGGCAAUGAGAAAUUCAACUUCGUAUGUUGCGAUAUCGAUCCUGCGAUUUUAGCGCGCAAUAUACUUUUAUUCUCUCUCGUCGUCGACAACGCCACAUCAUAUGACUCUCAAUCCUCACAUGAUAAGACAAGAAUUAGAGCAAUAUGGAACUUAUUCUACCACUUUCUGAUUUCCAAAGAGGAUGCCAAGCUCUUACGAGACCAAUCUGAAAAACUUCUGUCAUUCUCCGAAUCGACUGAGAUGUGGAUAGCAUCCCCCUAUUCAUUUGUGAGCUUUGUUAGCUUGCAAACUCUUGAUGAAGUCCGGAAGAUCUGGGAGAGAUACGCUAUCCAGAGAAGUACAAAAGAGCAGCAAAGAUAUGAGGCACCCAGACGGCAAGAAAUCUCGAAUAAUUGCAAGACAUACUUUCGGGAUGGCGGAGCAUGUGUAACAUACACUGCUGGAGUUCACUGGUGUGCGGGGGCUAAUCGAUCUUGGGAUUUUAUACAGGGCUAUUGGAAGACUGGUGUGGUUGCAGGGAAUGAAUGUGAUAUGAAGGCUCUCGGCCCCGGUGGAAAGGGAGUCUUGAAUCCUACUUUUAUGGUGUCUAUCGUCUCGGAAGAAUUCGCCCUUGCCUACACCAGCGAUCCUUUAUCAGGAUAUCACGUUCCAAACGUGUUCGACAACCCCGUGAGUAAAAAGCAAGUGCUGGAAGACUUGGCAGCAUCUGCAAAGAAUGACUUUGCGGAAUGGUGCAAAGCUUUCCUAAACUAUGCGACAGCCGGAUCCAUCGUGGCAAACUUCUAUCUGGGAGACGCGGUUACGUUUUCGCAUGAGCUAGCAUCUCGAAGCCAGUCAAGAACCACAUCUGUUCUCACCCGUCUCUAUACAAACCCAUGGUCUGCAAAACCAUUGCUUUUGGAUGGCCCAGGUGCAACCAAUUUACCUGUCUCUUUUGAGAUCAUCGAUACUUCGAACAUUGUGGAUUAUUAUGGGCAUCUCAGUAUUCUCCCUGCAACUGUACCUCUCUUAUCUAGAACUUCCAGUUCGGUUCUAUACACUGAAAGUUUGCGGAUCUCUUCUCAUGAUCUCCAGGAUAAUCUAAAGGCUGCACUUUUGAUGGAUGUCAAUGUGGCUUCGCUGUGUUUUGGACUUACGCCAUUUGGUAACAUCAUAGGCUAUACUACCCACAACAAUUUUGGAGAGGACAUGACACAACAGUCAUCGCCUAACAGAUACCGCACGCGGCUACCCUGGCGACUACCAUCACUUGGAGAUCAUCUCGCGUUUUUCCCGUCAGGUCAGACUAUCAAAAUCAAAGUUGAUCCUGAUGAACUCUGCCAAUUAUGCUUCGACAUAUACCUAAAGAUGUUCUCGAUCGAAAAUCUGAAAAAUCGUCCCACACCAGGAGUCCAACUUUUGCGCAGUCAAAUAAUGAACUGUUACUCAAGACUAAGUUUCGUUAAUGUUUUGCACCUUAUCAAGCGAAAUGUCACAACUGACUGGGAAAGUUUCUGUACAAGUCUACAAAGCAAGAUUGCAAACGACAAAGUUUCCCACAUCGGGGCCAAAACAGUCAUGGAAACCAUUAUGCACUUAGACACAUCCGGUUUCAUGCCAGGGGCUUUGGCUAAAGUAUAUGGAACUGCAUCUUAUUCUUAUGUCACAAUGGUUGUGCCUCGGAGAGAUCUUGACAUAUUUUUCCAGCCAGACUCGGCAUCCCAACCAGAAAUCCAUAUUACCAUAUUCAAGCCUAAUGCCAAUGACGAGAAUCUCUUCUUCUCCGUAGACGGUUUCUUUGGAACCCUCGGACCACAGACCGAUCCAGAAAUAUGCGGGGAAUUUAUCGAAGACCCUCACGGGUGGACUGGUGCUUCCGACCUGAUUAUUAGUUGCCCCGUUCCUGCUCACAUUUUGACGGGAAAGAAAUGGCAUAUUGGGGUAUGCAUUACCGUGGAUUUAAAUGGAAUGGAUUAUAUGUUGGAGUUGGGACCAGAGGCAGUGGUCUCUUCGGUCUCAGGAAAGAAUAAAAAACGGGUGACUGUUUCCAAGGUGCCUCCAGGUAUACCCAAAGGUCGCCUACAAACGCCAAGUUCAGAGCUCGCAAUCGAAGACCUCGAAAUUAAAGACGACACGAUCACCAUAUCUGCUACUGAACUCAAUGAGUCUGUUGCACUUCAGGCAACAUACCAUUUUUCGAAUGGAACUGAAGAAACCAAAGCCCUGCAGAAUGCUGCCUUCGUUACACUUUCAGAUAUCACCCCAUGUUCUAUGCUCCUGAAUAUUGGCGAAUUUAGCCACCGACUCAUCUUCCCAUACCCAAUAGAUGGAGCCAAGGCCAAAACUAAAAUUGCCCGAAAGAGUCUCUGGAUUCAAGUCAACGUCCCUGUCGCACCAACUCUGAAGCCUGGUGGCUAUGAUGCUAAUCCCUUCCCCGUCAUCACUUCCCAAGACCACCAACCAAAAAUCUGGGCCCUCCCUCGCAUCAAUCUCUCUACACUCCCGAGGGUAAACAGUAACAAUCCAAAUUGGAUCGGCCGUGUGAACCAACAAAUUUUCAGCGGUCGCGAGAAACGCGGAAGCCGCGCCGAGGACACCUCGACCAGUGAAUUUUCCAGUGCUCUUUUCCAAAUGAAAUGUACACUGAAUGAAUUCAUGUCCUAUAUGAAUUUAAAAAAGAUAUGUGGUAUCAUGGUAAAAGGAGCCACCAAGGAUGAAAAUAUCGGGGACUUACUGUUUAUAUCUAAUAGACUUCGUCACAGCCGCGACACAAAUUCUCUGGUGUUUGACGGCUGGGUCGUUUCUGAAAAAAUCGGCGAGAGAUUUCUACGCACCGGACGAUCAAAAUUAAUGGCUUUUUAUGUUACCCACGCCGAGCACAUCUUGUGGAAGAAAAUCAUGCCUGCAGCGGUAGAAUCAUGUCGUCGGAACUGGAAACACAAUGCAUCAUGUGAGUAUCGGAACGCUCAGGCGCCUCUAUCUAUCGAGCCUUGGGUAUCACCGAUCUGUAGAUGUGGUGAAGGAAAGGAUGUUGGGGAUUUCCCAGAUGACGCGAUGGCGAAGCCGUUUAGAGAGUGGGCUACGAGGAUUGCGUUGCCGUUAUUGUCGGCGGUUUCGUAUGUGGAAGCUAUGAAUCCUCCACGAGUAGUAAUUCGUUAG